AUGCCACCAGAGAUGAACCCGUCAGGGCAUCAUCGCGAGCCCUGGAAUUCGUACGAGGCACCAAGAAACCCGCCCACCCACCAACCCCCAGGCUUUAACCCGUCAGGCACAAGCCGUCAGGCACAAGCCGUUAAGCACAAGGAGGCGCCGCACCCCCGUACCAUGCCCCUCCUCAUCCGCGACGGCACAGCCGCCGACCUGGCCGCCAUCACGACCAUCUUCCUCGCAGCCUUCGCCUCAGAGCCCCUCAUCGCGAGAACCCACCCCCACGCCGCCCAGUACCCCUCGCACCCGCACCUCUACUACCGGCGCUUCUUCGAAGCCCGCUUCUGGGGCCCCGAGCAGCAGAUCCUCCGCGUGGCCGUCGACGCCGCGACAGACGAGCCCGUGGCCUUCGCCUGGUUCCGCCGCCCCUGGCGCGCCGCCGACGCCGCCGCCCGCGCUUCCCAGAUUGCUCGUGAUGCUUCCUUUUUUGGCCAGGGCGCCGGCAGCUGGCUUGUGCGGGAUGCGCUGAGCCGCGUUGUCGACCCGGAGGGGGCGGCUUGUUGGCUCAUCGGGCUCGAGGGCGUCGAGCCCUUUUACGACCGCUUUGGCUUCCGCGAGGUGGACAGGGCCAACGAGGGCCGACUCGCCGACUGGACGGGCGGCGCCGUCAUGAUUAGGGAAUCGUCGUAG